UAUACUCCUCUCCGAUCUCUUAUUCUUCUCCGGCGACACCUCCCUCUCUACGAAUCUGAAUCAGUUUUGUGAGCUCCAAGGGUUUCAUUGCUAUGAAUCUAUGCUGCUGAGCUUUGAAGGCAGUAGUAGAAUCACACCGUUAAGUUGGUUUUUGUAAUUUAGUUUUUGAUUUGAGGAUAAACAAAUGGGUAAAGCAUCGGGCUUGCUUCUGUUUUUGUUGGGGUUCGGGUUCUUUGUUGUCACAUAUAAUCUUCUGACACUUAUAGUUCACAAUAGAUCUGGUGUGAGUAAUUCAGAUGGAAGUCCACUUAUCGAUCCUGUUGUUCAGAUGCCUCUAAAUAUUAGAAAGGCCAAGGCUUCGCCAGCACCUUUUCAUGUUGCCCUAACAGCCACAGAUGCACCUUAUAAUAAGUGGCAGUGUCGUAUCAUGUAUUAUUGGUACAAGCAGAAGAAAGCUCUUCCUGGUUCAGAUAUGGGAGGCUUCACUCGCAUUUUGCAUUCGGGUAAUCCCGAUAACUUGAUGGAUGAAAUGCCUACAUUUGUGGUUGAUCCUCUUCCCCCAGGUCUUGAUCGGGGUUAUGUUGUCUUGAACAGACCAUGGGCGUUCGUGCAAUGGCUUGAAAGAGCUACCAUCGAGGAAGACUAUGUGCUCAUGGCAGAGCCUGAUCACAUAUUUGUUAAUCCCCUCCCCAAUUUGGCUGUUGGAGGUUUCCCAGCUGCUUUUCCGUUUUUCUAUAUUACACCUGAAAAGUACGAAAACAUAGUUAGGAAGUAUUAUCCAGUGGGGAUGGGACCGGUAACAAAUAUUGAUCCCAUUGGAAACUCUCCUGUUAUCAUAAGCAAGGAAUCACUUGAAAAGAUUGCUCCUACAUGGAUGAAUGUCUCGCUGACAAUGAAAAACGAUCCAGAGACUGAUAAGGCAUUUGGAUGGGUGCUGGAAAUGUACGGUUAUGCAAUUGCCUCUGCUCUGCAUGGGGUGCGCCACAUACUGCGGAAGGAUUUUAUGCUUCAGCCUCCGUGGGAUCUGUCUACCAAGGGGAAGUUUAUCAUCCAUUACACUUAUGGAUGCGAUUACAGCUUGAAGGGUGAGCUGACAUAUGGCAAAAUAGGAGAGUGGCGAUUCGAUAAGAGAUCACAUUUGCGGGGUCCUCCUCCGAGGAACAUUUCCAUGCCGCCUCGCGGUGUUCCGGAAAGUGUGGUGACUCUUGUGAAGAUGGUGAAUGAAGCUACUUCGAAUAUCCCAAAUUGGGAUACUCUCUAACUCAAAUCGACAAAACACAAACUAUAGGGACGAAUCCAUACAUCAAUAUUUUUUGCCAAGAGAGAUUUGCUUUCUCCGUUUACAUCUUUUCUAUAUGUUCUUAUUUUCUGACGAACUCGAAUAGUAAAUUAUGAAAUUCUUGGUUUGAGACAAAACAUACAUGCUCCAUGAUCCUUAGUAAGAGAGUAGAACACUGUUUAUUUUUUGUUUGUUCUAGUUAUCGAUUGAUUUAACAGUGGGUAGCUUAAUUUGUCUGUUCGAGUAAUAAAGAACAAAUGCGUUCAAGUA